AAAAACGGAGAGAGAGAGAGAGAGCGAGACAGAGUAACACACACACACACAGAGGGAGAGAGAGAUACAGAGAGGGGUUUCGUAACUUAGGGAAGUUUUGUGAAGCCAUCGAUCGCUGGAUCGUCUUGUUUUUCCCGAGCCAGAUGUCAGUGACACAGCGGAGGGCUGACCGUCGCCUGCGUCACUCUUUCAGCGGAGUUUGACGAUUUUCGUUUUGUUUUUUUUUUGUUUUUUGUUUUCUCGCCGAGAGGGAGCCGCUGCCGCUCAGCAAGGCAGCUGCGAAACCACCGUCUCUCCCGCAGGAAUAGACUGUCUACUCCACCUGAGAAGAGCCUGGCCUGUGCAGCCAUGCUGAUGUAUGAUUACCCUCUGAAGACAGACAUGGAGACGUCAUUCUACUCUUCGUUAGUGAAAACCCCGGAGCCAUACAGAGUGAUCUUCCCCCAUCCCGCCCCCCUCUACCACACACACAUGCACACCUUCACCCAUUCCCACACCCCCAACAACCCCACACACACCCAGCUGGAGCCAGUGGACCUGUCCCUCAGCAAGCGCUCCUCCUCCAGCUCAUCUUCCUCCUCUCCUCCCUGCUCCUCCGCCUCCUCCCCGGCCUCUUCGCGCAGCUCCCCGCCUUCGCCUUACAGCACGGCGAGCCGCGCCUCCCCACGCUGCUCCCCUCCGCACUCCCAGCUGCGCUCCUCGCCCUCCCACGCUGUCCCGCCGCCUACUCCCUCACUUCCUUACCCCACCAUGGUGGCUCCUCUCAUCAGCUCGGGCUCCGGGGUCAUCCAGGGGUCAGGGGUCAUGGUGUCUCCCGUCAUGGUGCCUCUGUCUGUCCUCUACUCCUCGCCUCUCCACCUGCACCAGCCGAUAAUGGUGAGCCCACCCAUCGCCUGUGACAACGAACAUCAUCGAAGCAGGGAGCACAAGACAGGUCACUCUGCGAAGCCCCUGGAGCUGCGAGGCGACGCCCACGACUUGCACAAGCCAAUCAAAACAGAGCCUUGCCCUGAGCUCGCUCAUGACCCUCACAGCACCCACGAGAUGAAAUCCUCGGUCAUCAGGCUACCACACGAAUACGAGGGUAACAACCCAUCAGUAAUAGUUCAUUCGGGCACAAAGCAUCCUCUCCCGGCUGACUCCCCCGACUCGCUGAAAAAGCGACGAAUUCACCGCUGCGACUUCACCGGGUGCAACAAAGUGUACACUAAGAGCUCCCACCUUAAAGCGCACCGCAGGACCCACACAGGUGAGAAGCCCUACAAGUGCAUGUGGGAGGGCUGCACGUGGAAGUUCGCCCGUUCAGACGAGCUGACAAGACACUUCCGGAAGCACACAGGAGUCAAACCCUUCCAGUGUCCCGACUGUGAACGCAGCUUCUCUCGCUCUGACCACCUGGCUUUGCACAAGAAACGCCACCUCCUGGUGUGAAACGGCACUGGGGGCAGCGUGAAAGAAACCCGGCGCUGGUUUGGACUGUACCACUUUGACUUGAGUUUGUUUGGUUUUGUUUUUUUUUUUUUUAAGAGCUGGCCUUAAACAUUGGACUCUGACGGGGAGUGUGGAAAUGUUCCUCAGGGUGCAAGUUUAGAUCCUUUCCCUUCGGUUAGCCUGAAUCGUGAGCUGGCGUCACCCAUCGGAUUCGCCGGCAGCUCGUUUUGCCCUUAUAACAGAAAUGUGGACGUUGCACCAGACCUCUGAUCGGCCGCGGAGGGUCCAAGAAGCUUUUCAAAAAAGAGGCUUGCGGCGUCUCAGCUGGCCUGAGAACAGCGCCCUCUUAAGGCCGCGGAGCCGGACUGCAUCCGACACCCGCUCAGUUUAAGCCACGCGGCGUGAUCGCGCUUCCUUCCUAGCAAGAUCAGCGCCCGUUUCUCUGCAUGCGUUCAAUUAAAGAUUGUGGACUCAGACACACACGCACCCACACCCUCACACCCACACACACACGUGUCACUUGCAAGCUAGGCCAAUAUAAUGUGAAACUUUCUAGAAUGUAUCAUAUCACACCUACUGUGCAUUGUGUCAAACGUAAUUCAUCUUCCUUUUAUAAGCGCAGCUACCUGUGUCAUAACGCUAACGCUAACUCCUCGUUCAUGGACCGAUCGCCAGCAAAACAAAAAAAAACACAAAAAAAAAAAAACACCACACCAC